UAUAGAUUCAGUGGAGGUGGGGAUUUCAUUGAGCUUUUGCAUUUGAAGACAGUAAACUGCAACAGGUGAACAAAUCUUAAAUGCAAUCAUGCCUGCUGCCAUCGUGCUUCUUUGUAUCUUGUUUGGCUUGCUUACCCAGGUGGAUCUGCUACCUGUUAAGAACUCAACUGAAUUACACAAGAGCAAAAUGAGGUUGAAGAGGAAAUACUCAGAUGAAAUUACAGACCAUGAUGAAAUUACUGCAAUGGAUCAAAUCCUGGAAGUCAAUAGCAGGCUGCGAGCUCCCAGAGGACUGUCAUUCAGAGAAGGAGAUAUUGCCUUUUCAUAUGUACGGAGUGCUAUAAACUGCCCUGGCAAUGCCUGUCUGUGGCCUAAAUCAAUUGAUGGAUUUGUCUAUCUGCCUUAUAUCCUCUCUCCACUUUAUGAUGACAUGGACAGAAUCACCAUAGAAACUGGAAUGCAGGACAUUUCCUCUGGAACAUGCAUCAAGUUUGUUCCUCGCACCCAUGAGGCUAACUUCCUCGAUAUUCAGCCCAGAUAUGGCUGCUGGUCGUUUUUGGGGCAGACUGGAGGAAGUCAGACCCUGUCACUGCAGUCUCCUGGGUGUAUGUGGUCAGGAGUUGCUGCUCACGAGUUCAUGCACGCACUUGGCUUUGUGCAUGAACAGUCACGCUCAGACCGAGACCACUAUGUCACAAUUGUAUGGAAAAACAUAAUGCCAGACCAUAUACAUAACUUCAGGAAACAUGUGACAAACAAUCUGAACAGCCCAUAUGAUUACAGCUCUGUCAUGCAUUAUGGACGAUAUGCCUUUUCUGAAGAUGGUGGACCAACAAUCAUCCCCAAACCAGAUCCUUACAUUCCCAUUGGCCAGCGAGAUGGACCAAGUGCCCUUGAUCUUCAUAAAAUUAAUGUCCUGUAUGACUGUGGUGCCAAUGAGUAAAGGAAAGCAAAGGUCAAGACUUGCCAGUUGUGGAAAAUAGUUCAUAAUUACUUAUUGAGAAGAUAACAUGUGCAACAUUAAUUUAAGCUGACUGAUUUUUCUAUUGCUGUAUUUCUUUAUUUACACAACAUCUAGUCUUUAAAAAAUAGUGUGUCAAUUUGCAGAUUGUAUUCCUUAAUCUUGUAAUACAGUAUACUGAUUGCCAUCAAAUUGUCUGACUAGUUAUCAAUUUAAAGCUGCAUUGAUCUAAUAUGAAUAAAAUGCCAAGCAUAAAUGCA